UGCGGAGGAUUUUGGAGAUGGAUAACAUCAGCGAGGAUAGUGAUAGUGAGGAGGAAGAGGAGGAGGAAGUGGUGGAGGAUGAAGAGGUGGAGGAUGUGAUGGAGGAUGAAGAGGCGAUUGAAGAGGUGGAUGAGGUGGUGGAGGAAGACCGGGAAGGAGAAAUGGAAGAGGAUAACAAUGACAGCACUGAGAGAAAAAGACCAAAACGCAGGUGGUGGACACCAAGGUGUCUCAGAAGAUGCAGCGUGAGGCACAGCAUCAAAAAGAGCAGCAGCAACAGAUUUCAAAGAUUCCUCAGGGUCUUGUGCUGCUGUUUCCACCAUAACACCAUAGAAUAAGAAAUCUCUAUGAUCUCUGGUCCUCAGCAUCACCUGAAGAUCCCCCUCCUCCAUCAGUGCAUCAAUCAACAAAAAGGUCCGAAAGGGACAACUGGAAACCCUUGUAAUAGAGGUGGCUGGAGGACAGGCAGGGGACAUACCAUCCAUGUCUUCCCUGCAUGUCUGUGUAUAUCCAAUGGCUGCUCUUAGUCCCCUGUAUAUGGAGACAUAACAUCCUUCUGCCCUGGCAUAUAUUGGAAGAAAUACAU